AUGUCUUCAUCAAUAAUUACCGUCCGUCCCGCUACCCUAGCAGACAGCGACGCCAUCGCAACCAUCCAUAGCGAGGCGCUCAGCUACUACAACGACUUUUACGCCGCCUUCUUCCAGCGACAUCCCCGAGAUCUCAUACCGAUCGCCACGCGCAUCGCAUUGCAGAAUCCGGAGGUUCACUUUUCGGUCGCCGAAGAGGCGGGGGAGACGGUGGGGUUUGUUCGGUACAAGGACUUGACCAAAAAGCCGGAGCCGAACUCGAACGCGAGCGACAAGCCGCAGCCGCAGGUGUGGACAAUCAAAGACCACAUGAAGGACCUGUGGCAAUGGUUUGACACACGCAGCGAAGAGAUGGAUGCGUCCAAGGAAAAGGCUCUCAAUGGGAGGGAUCACUUUGAGGUGAUGCAUAUCAUGGUGCACCCAGACCACCAACGAAAAGGCAUCGGCGGUCUUUUGCUCAAAACCGUGACGGAAAAAGCAGAUGCCGUCAACGCGCCGACAGUCAUCACCUCGUCAAUUGAAGGCCACGGACUUUACAAAAAGCAUGGCUUCAAAAGUCUAGGAACAUGGGCAAUUGACAACGAGGCAUGGGCGCACAAGAUCGCGGAGCACAAAAAGAGCGUCGGAUAUAAAGACGGAGUAAUCAAGCUCGAGGAUAAAUGCAAAGGCAUGCGCGAGAGUGAAGAUAGCAUGAUCCGGGAGCCAAGCAACCGGUAA